CAAAUAUUGAAGGUACGGUAUCGUAUUUGAGAGCAAAACAAAAUGGCAGCGCCCAUGACGUGGAUACAAACAGAAUAAACACCGCUAGUUUUGACAUUCAUCAAUUAUCACUCUUCAACAAACAUGGACUACACCAAGUUUCUAGAUGAUGAGUUCAAUGUCAAGGAUUGGGUGAACAAUGCAUUUUCCUCUAACAAAGAACAGGGUGCCUCGAAAGAUCAAUAUGCUACGACAUUGGUCAUGAAGUUGCAAAUGUUUAUACAGGAGGUAAAUAAUGUCAUAGAGGAGGCCAGCCAGCAGGCAAUACAAAACCUUCCAAGGGUGAUGCGUGAAAUAGAGGCAGUAAAGCAGGAAGCUGUCCUCCUUCAGGACCAGAUGGUCACCAUCAAACACGACAUUGAGAAGGUGGAGCAUGACACAGCUCAGUCGAUGCAGACAUUGUUGAAGCUGGACUCGAUUAAGUCUCGUAUGACUCUGGCUGCUGAUGCCCUCAAGGAGGCCGACAACUGGACAACACUGAGCGCGGACAUAGAAGAGGUGUUCCAGUCAAAGGAUAUUCAUGCAAUUACUGCAAAGUUAACAGGAAUGCAACAAAGCUUGUUGAUGCUUGUAGACACACCAGACUAUGGGGACCGCUGUGCCCAUCUGGAGAAACUCCGUAACCGUCUUGAAGCCAUGCUCAGUCCACAACUCAUGGCCGCAUUCAACUCACAGUCUAUUGAGUCUGCCCAGAUGUUCACAGAGAUAUUCAAGUCUAUAGACCGGCUUCCACAGCUCUAUAAUUUCUACAACCUAAGUCACAAGGGUCAGCUAGUUGACCAGUGGAAAGGGAUAGUUCAGGACCAAAGUGGGGAGACCCUGGUUGAGUGGCUUAACCAGCUGUAUGACCACCUUCUGUCUACAUUCCAUUCACAGAUGAAAUGGUGUGGUCAAAUAUUCCCUGCCCCCUUGCCGGUAGUGUGUCAGCUUAUCACAGACACCCUGGGGUCCCUCGACCCAUCCUUGGGCGACUGCUUUACCGGUUUCCUGCAGGAUAAACAAGAACCACUUCUUGCACUCAUUGAACUUAAACAGAUAUCGGAAAGAUUCGCCAAAAGCAUUGAGAAAGCUGCAGAAUCUCACAUGAAAGAGGAGAGUUUAGAGUGUGUGCGUGCAGUAGAGUGCUUGCUGAUAAUGAUAUAUGCCCCGUACACGCCCUCUCUGCUUCACUACCGCCAAUACGAGGAGGCUUCUCUGGCCAGACAGCUCAACAACAUCCAACUGGAUCAUAGUGAGGUAUUUGAGACUGUCCAGCUGCUGGGUCAGUCCGUGUCCCGCCUCAUCUCUGCCGCCAAUCAGGCCACUGACCGCUGUGUACGCCUCACCAAUGGGACAUGCUUCGUGUCCCUGCUCCAGGCACUCAAGACAUACUUCACAAACUACUGUAAGGAGUUUCGAAGAGUGCUGGUGAACAUCAAGGAAAAAUGUAAAACCAGUCACGAAGAUCCUGACUCAGAAGACUGGUCGCACUUCCAGCACUCUCUCCGGGUCAUCCAGAUGCUUGGUGACCUCAUCAUGCACAUUGAGGAGUUUGACAGCAAAGUGAUUAGCGCUAUCACGGACUCUAUAGGCCACCUGCACACAUCCAGCAUAUCGAGGGAAGGGGCAGGUCACUUGUUCACUACAAAGAAGUCAGAGUUGCAUGCCUUGGCAUCACUGUUCCUUUGCAACAAUGAUGAUGUGGAGGCUUUGGUAGUGCUCGUCACAUCUCUACAGGAAGAAAAGAUGACAGACAACUUUACAAAUAAAAAAUCCAGAUUCUGGCAGAUUUCAGGAGAGACACCAGCUGUGUUGGUGGACACACAGACGGACAUGCACAAGCUGAGUGAGGAGGUGCACACAUUUGCUUUUGAGGUCGUGUUUGGCCAACUGAAGGGCUACCUCACAAAUCUCGCCAACAUGGAGAUCUGGCAGUCACGGAGCGCUGGUGGAGCCCUUACCUCAGACCUGCCAACCUUCAGUCUCUCCCCACAGGAAUACAUCACCAAGAUCGGCCAGUUCCUGUUGACACUGCCCCAACACCUGGAACCAUUCACCCUGGAGGACAACCCAGCCGUCCUGGUGGCCCUCAAGUAUGGCAAGCUGCCCUAUACUGAUGAGACAGCAUUGCCUGAGCACAUAGCGGACCUAUGGUUGGAGUCGGUGGCACGUGGCACAAUGCAUGUGCUUUGUGAGGAAGUUCUCAGGAUCCAAGAGCUCACACCUCAUGGAACCAAACAGCUCAACACUGAUAUAGACUACCUGUGUAAUGUGCUGGAGGACCUAGGAAUUGUUGCCACGGAGAUGCUGCGACACAUGCAGCAGUUGCUUCGGGCAACACCAGACACAUUCCACGACCUCGCAGACAACAUGCCCCAACGCCUUGCUCACGCAAUCAGCAACAUGAGACAUAUUGAUAUCUGAUUUACACCACAUAUUGGUGUUGUAAGAAGAGUGCAUAUAUAUUGCGGGUUGUAACAUACAAACAGACUGUGAGACUGGGCAAGACAUGGUUCACUUGCAUCAGUAAUGCUGAUUCACAAUGUAGCGAUGUUGAAAGCGUGUUCCUCAUGCAAGAAGCUGAAUAGGCCGCUGUUGUCCUGUGAUAUGUUCAUGGAAAAGUUGAGGACUGUCACACUUCCUUCAUGUACAUCAUGAAAGGUGUGCUUACCAAGGCAAUGCAUUUUGUCUACUAGUAAUUGGGUUUUUUAUAUUAUGUUAUGAGUUGUAAUAACUCUGGUGACAAUGCCUGUAUAUCAGUGAUAGGCUGCGCAUGUAGCUCCAAGCAAAUCUGUAAUGUGUGAGAUGAUGAGAUAUGUACAGGUACAUUAAAAACCUAUGUAAAAGAUCAAUCAACCAUGGUGGACUACCCAAGUUCAAGUGGCUCAAACAACUUUUUUUGGUAUUUCUGCCUGCUUUACAUGUGCAUCAGUAAAAUGAAUUUUGUUCAUUGGUGUGUACUCAUUGUACAGUUUGGGGAUAUCUGGAUGUAUUUGUUAUUUAUUGAUUAAUGUUACAUAAAUGAAAAUAAAAUAUACUGGUACA